GCCUGUCAUUCUCCGCGGCGCGGCGGCGAGUGCAGGCUGCGGUACACUACCGCUCGCUGGUCCGUCUGCGCGCCAGUGACCAGCCGACUGGGGACGGGCUGGCGGCUCUGCCUGCGGCACCGCAUCGGUUUUUCUCCUGCCGAGUCUCUAGUUGAGCUGGGAUUCCCUUGGAGCCAGAGACACGGACCAGGGGCUCGGAGCGCCGCGCUCCGAGGCUGGAGGCAGCUGCAGCGCUCGGGUCCGCGCGGCCGGGUGCAGUAGCCUCAGUCCCCGCCGCCGCCUCGCUUAGUCGUGUGCCCUGGCGAAUGCCCGGCGCCCGGCACAGCUGAGCCAACGCGACUGGUGCAGAGCGGCGGCGCCUCGUCCUGCACUUGCCGCUGCCGCCGGGCUGUGCCGGGGCGGCGGCGCUGCGCGCCCGAGUUUGCAGAGGCUGCCUCCGAGCGCUGUCCCCCAAGAAGACUCCCUGCCUCCUGAGUCCCAAAAACACGAGAUUGUUCUCCUAUUUCAGCAGUUGGCCACAACUUCAUUGCUGGGAAACGGUGAUUUCAAAGCCAAGAAAGAAGAGAGAACUCUCACCACGACAUUUCAAAAGGAAUACAUUGCCAGAAUUUGGAAUACUGUUCUGGACAAACAUUUCCUCCAAGCAUGCAGCUCUCUGCCCCCAUGUCGCCACCUUUGAAGGACUGACUGAUUCCCUCGGCUGGUACCAGUGCCUGCUCCUGCCAUGGGGCCCACGGGGAGCCUGCUGGGCAGCGGACAGAUGCAGAUCACCCUGUGGGGAAGUCUGGCCACUGUCGCCAUUUUCUUCGUCAUCACCUUCCUCAUUUUCCUGUGCUCUGGUUGUGACAGGGAAAAGAAGCCGCGACAGCACAGUGGGGACCAUGAGAACCUGAUGAACGUGCCUUCAGACAAGGAGAUGUUCAGCCGUUCAGUUACUAGCUUGGCAACAGACGCUCCUGCCAGCAGUGAGCAGAAUGGGGCACUCACCAAUGGGGACAUUCUUUCAGAGGACAGUACUCUGACCUGCAUGCAGCAUUACGAGGAAGUCCAGACAUCGGCUUCGGAUCUGCUAGAUUCCCAGGACAGCACAGGGAAGCCAAAAUGUCAUCAGAGUCGGGAGCUGCCCAGAAUCCCUCCCGAGAGUGCAGUGGAUACCAUGCUCACAGUGAGAAGUGCGGACGGGGACCAGGGCCUGGGGAUGGAAGGGCCCUAUGAAGUGCUCAAGGACAGCUCCUCCCAAGAAAACAUGGUGGAGGACUGCUUGUACGAAACUGUGAAAGAGAUCAAGGAGGUGGCUGCAGCUGCACACCUGGAGAAAGGCCACACUGGCAAGGCAAAAUCUACUUCCACCUCAAAAGAGCUCCCAGGGCCCCAGACUGAAGGCAAAGCUGACUUUGCCGAAUAUGCCUCGGUGGACAGAAACAAAAAAUGUCGCCAAAGUGUUAAUGUAGAGAGUAUCCUUGGAAAUUCAUGUGAUCUAGAAGAGGAGGCCCCACCACCUGUCCCUGUUAAGCUUCUGGAUGAGAAUGAAAACCUUCAGGAGAAGGAAGGGGGAGAGGCGGAAGAGAGUGCUACAGACAGGACCAGUGAAACUAACAAGAGAUUUAGCUCAUUGUCAUACAAGUCUCGGGAAGAAGACCCCACUCUCACGGAAGAAGAGAUCUCUGCUAUGUACUCAUCAGUGAAUAAACCUGGACAGUUAGUGAAUAAAUCAGGACAGUCGCUUACAGUGCCGGAGUCCACCUACACCUCCAUUCAAGAGGACCCACAGAGGUCACCCUCCUCCUGUAAUGAUCUCUAUGCUACUGUUAAAGACUUCGAAAAAACUCCAAACAGCACACUUCCACCAGCAGGGAAGCCCGGCGAGGAGCCAGAGCCUGAUUAUGAAGCGAUACAGACUCUCAACAGAGAGGAAGAAAAGGCCACCCUGGGGACCAAUGGCCACCGCGGUCUCGUCCCAAAGGAGAACGACUACGAGAGCAUUAGUGACUUGCAGCAAGGCAGAGAUAUUACCAGGCUCUAGCAACCCAGAGGACAACCCUGGGUAGCCUGUGAUCAGUAUCUGUGGACGUUUCUUCCAUGGAAGAGAAGAAAUGACACAAACCUAUACUUCAUAUGCUGCUUUAGUCACCUGAAGAUGAUUGGAGAGGCCCUGACUGUUCUCCAAGUUGUUCAGUUUCUGAGACAGAGAGGUACGGACUAGGCUGCACCUGAGCGUGCCCCUGCCUGCCACAUGGACAGGCACAUCUCCCUCCCGCACCCUCACCGCCCACAAAAGAUCCCAGCUGUCAGUGGUCUCAUCUCAUUAGUGAGGAAAGCCAAGCUGUAUGGGAAAACUGCACUCACCAAGGACCACAACGCCCCCAGCCUGAAGUACUGCCAUUCGGAAGGGCCAGGUUUUUCUUCCCCUCUUUCCUUUUCUCUGUCUGCUAUUGACUUUAAGGCUUCUUCCCCCUUGAAAUGUCCAGAUUCCUGUGGUUCAUUCCAAGGACAUUUUCACACAAAGCUUGGCCUUUGCUUUCAAUGUAGGUGUUUUAGGAUGGCGACAAACCAUGGCUGCUGCUUUCUGCCCAGGUCGCCAGUCCUCCCCAGAGAGCUGUGCAUCGGCACCUGGGGAUCUGGACCCUGCAGCUGAAGGGACUGGGGAGGGACGUCCCUGGAGUCUCUUCCAUCUUUGUUCCUCCUUAUUUUGGCACUCUAUAUCAGCAGCCUCUCCCCAAAGUACUUGAAGUCAGUUUUAGAUGCUUUAUUUUAUUUUUCUAGUCAAAAACGUGUUUCCCCCAGUGUUUGAAAACUCGUCCGAGCCUUUUCAGUAUUUUCCAUGAGUAUUGUGGUACUUCUAUACUUGUUUAAGCCCAGAACUCAUUCCUUCAAAACAGAGAGCCUUAAUCUUUGUGUUGGGACACAGACCACGUAUUUGGAUGGCAGCCACGCGUCCAUCUCCAAAGGGCUGUGCACAUGAAUGUGUAUUUCCCAUGGUCUCCACUGCCCACACCAACAGUGUGGCAUCUCAUGAGUUAACUGCUACCCUAAGGUAAUCUAAGAUUAAAAUAUAAACAUUUAUUUUUGUUACGUAAGUUUAUAAGAUGUUUUAUGUUCAAUGCCUAAUUUCUCAAAAGUGCCAGAAAAAAAUGGAUAUUAACUGUUUUGAUUUUAUGUACAAUGAUUUAUACUCUCCUUUGGAAAAGAUAUCAUAAAGCACAUAAGCUAGAUCAUUACAAGGGGCUGUUAUCUUUUUCCUAAUCAAGUGUUUAGAACACUGAUGGUUUUUAAAGACUCACCUUUUUAAAUGGUACUUGGAGCUCCUGAUCCAAAUUACCUAGACCCCUAGAGAAAUAAAUGGAAAAUACAUAAAUAAUUAAUCAUUUUCAUUGGUUUACAGUGGGCAAUAUUGAACUAUUUGAAAGGGUAAAAAUGGAAAGAAGAACAAAAUAUGAUGAGAGGUGGCUGUGAAUUACAAACCUCAUAAAAGUGUCAUAAUUCAAUUAAAGUUUAAUUACAUUUUUUCAGAAAACAGUGAUGAAUUCUGUAGUCCAGUGCUUGCCAAUGCAAAUUGCCUAUUGGAAUCUUCUUCCUAUAUUUUACAAACAUCAGUGGCUGAAAUAGCUCAGAUUAAGAGCUCAGCCUGGUUUGAUUUUAAUCAUCUCUUUAGAUCUUAUAAGGCCGGCAUAGGAAACUUGUUCACUUUUCAUUUUCAAAGGAGCCUAGUUGAAGUGCUAUUAUGAGUGUGAGCUAUGGAAAGACAGCUUUUCCUAUACUGAUAAAGAAAAAAAAUGAGGAAAUUAUUUCAUCCCAUUGUGACAUCUGUGACUUUUUGGAUUUAAUAAUCUUGCUGUUUUUCUUCUUUAUGGGCAAAGAAUGUAAUUGGGAGGAUGAAGUGUGUUAAAAAUUGUAGAGACCAGCUCACUGGAACGUUUUUCCAUCCCUGUAUUCAUGGUUUGACUUUGUGACUGCUCUACAUUGCAUUUCUGACAUUGCGAAGUGAGCUAUGUUCGUUGUUGUGAUUAUUUUGCAAUCAGCCUGAUCUCUCCCAUGAAGAUGUCAUGUGCAUAAACAUAAUCAUCAUUGAUUAGAAGAUCAUAGCAGAAUACCCUUGGAUUAGAGAGAAGUUUGUACCUUGCAUUUCUCUGAAUUCCAGUCUCUCAUAAGCACUGCUUUGCCUGGUGAUUUUCACUGCUUUGUGUUAAUGACUUUGACUCAGCAGCCUCUCACAUGAUGGGGUUCUUUUCUUUAGUACAUGGUAACAGCCAUGUCAUCUUACACACCUAGCAUUGUGCAUGCUGUAGUGACAUCCUUUAUAGGCACCUUACAGCUCAAAACUUUUGUUUCAUUUCAUGCCUUACUUAUCAAAAAGGCAGGGAAGUAGGUAUGAUCUCUAAAUAAAAAAAAUAAAAAUAAAAAAUAAAAAAACCUUUUUAUAGAAAGCUCAUAAAUAAUCACGUAAUUUUGCAAUUUUGUUACCAAAAUAUCCCCCAGAAGUUUUCAAAUAUUAGUUCUGCAAUGUGGCCAUGAAAUAGGCACUGAAAUAUACCUUUUAAUUUGAGAACCAGUGGUUAAAAUAAGCUGUGAUAUAAAGUAUUUUCAGUGUACUUUUAAAGGAAGUGUAAGGCCCUCCAGCAUAAACGCUAAAAGAAUAGACGGUAGCACAGGCCAUGAGGGCUGGAGGAGAGAAGCAGAGUGAACCUUAGAAAGACAGCUCAGCUCUUUGGAGCACUGGAUAUUUUACUGAAGUAUAUUUACUGAGGCACCAUCACUGUUUAGACUGUAUAGUAUAGUUUUUCAUAAAUUUCAUCACAUUUACUUUGUUCAGAAUCUGGGCUUGAAUCUUUGAGUUCAACCAAAGCCUAUGGCUUCUUUUAAAAAGUUUCAUCUUGAGCUAAUGCUACAGUUUAAAUAAAAUAUAUGAAAGGUAGUUAUCAAAAACAAUUUGUAUAUUUAAAACUCUAUUUUGACAUCCAUUUUUUACAGCCAAUUAUAGCAGGUUAUGUGAAAUUUAAAAAUAAAUUUUAGGACUUUUUUAUCUUGUAAGUAAGAAUUAUAAAUCUAUCUCAGUUAAAAGUAGGAUCUUUGUUUUUAUUCAGAUAUUUUGAAAGUUUAGAAGCAUUUUGUAUGCUACUUUUGGUAUUUCUUAAGUAUAGUCAACAGGAAAGGAUAACCUGUUUUAUGCAAAAGUUUUUUAAUUUGUCAAAUGUUUUUAGUGUGUCUACUUUCUGAAAUAGUCUCAAUAUCCUAUCUGUAUCCUAGGCAGAUAACUACACAACAGCAAAAUACUAUAUAGAAAAGAAAAUAUUUGAGGAAAUCUUAAAUUCUAUAAGAAAGUAAUUCUUGCAAGAAUGUAAGCUACAUAUUUUUUUUUUUUCUGUCCUGAAUAAAUUACAUCAUUAGGUCUGUUGAAGCUUUUGAAGCUACCGCUAUUCUUUGUGGGAAAAAGGCUAAUUACUGAUUUAUCUGCCCUCAAAAUCCCAGAGUUAAUUCUAAUUGAGUACUAAAUUAACAGUAAGUAGUUAACACAGAGAACUAAAAUUUAACCACACUAUGUCACUAUAUAUAUUUCUCAUGAUUUUUGCUAAUUAGAGCAUUUACUUAACCAGUAAUAAACACACACACAUAUACACAUACAUAUACGUGUGUGUGUAUAUACUUCACUCUGACACAACUCUGGUGCUUAAUUAGGAUAUGUUCUAUUACGUAUUUUGAAUGUUUAUCCUGCUAGUGUGAUGAACUUUUGUUGGAAAAGCAGAAUUAGAAGGAACAGUUUUUCAAUCAGUUUCAUUUGGUAAUUACAGGAAAACCUUGAGUUGUCUAAUUUAAUUUUUCCAAUUAAUAUAUUUAGACUUUAAAUUGCAUCCAUAAUUCUCUUGGCUGAAAAACAGUGAUAUUUUAAGACAGUUCUGUUAUACAUGUGACUUACUUCUGACUCAGCCUGAGAGGAGGAAAUGUAAAGAGAUAAAAGAUUUGGCCUAAAGCAGCAAGCGACUAGUAACCUUGAGCCAGGAUGAAGCCAAGGCAACGUGACUCCCAAGUAGCAGGAGCAGAGGUCGGUCACCCGUGGCAUUCUGUUUCAUUCCCUUUUAAAAUUAUGAGGCUUUAUAGGCAGUGUAAAACAUCAGCAGGCAGCGAUGUGAUAGGAUGUGCAAAAAAGCUGGUCUGAUACCGUGGCUAUAAUUACAGAGCUUUAGUUCAAUUAGGAUUUUGUAAAUAAGCAAAUGACAUUUUCUUCCAGUGCUCCUUGUAAUAGUUAAUAUGAGUCCAUGCAAUCUUGUGAUGCCAUUCUCCUGAAGGUGUUGAUUUCUGGUACCCAGCCAGCUUAGCUUUGGCUGCUGGAAGCACAGUAGGUACUGAUGGUUACUUCCUGGAAAUCUUGACAGGCUUAUUGUACUGUGUAAUGGGGAAAAGUUGAAGUAUAAUGUUUGGUGUUAGUAAGUGACUGAUGUGAAAAUAGAAACAUGUGUCUAUAAUAUCAAAUAUGGCUUUAUUUGCAGUAAAAUCUAAAUUCCUUAUUCUACAGUAGUAUUGUCUUGCCCUGUGUUGUAUCUUUUCUUAAAUACAUUUUUCCUGACAGUGGCUUUAGGCAAGUUGAACACACUUAAGACUGAAAGUGUUUAACUUAAAGAGAUCAGUCCAGAAACCAUGAUAAAUUAGAAUCUUGAUCUGGAAUUACCAAAUUAAAAUUUAAAAUCAUGGUCCAGAAGAGAACAAACAUUCAUGGCUUUUUUAUCCUACUGCUCAUUUUUAGGUCUGUGUUUACAUCCAGUCUCUUCUAUUUGUGAAGUAUGUCAUUACUUUUUUCAAGUUCUUCUUUGACGUAACUGAAAAAUAAUAUUCCAAAUUCUUAAUGUAACAUGAAAAGUGAAAUAGAAUUUUUGUUUAAAACACACUUUUAAAAAAGCAUUCAAUUCAGUAGUCAUUUCUCUUAAUACAGGAAGUUUUUUUGGCUUGCCAGAUAGAUACUGUGGGUAUUUUUUAAAAUGUGCUGUCCUUGGGUUGCCUCAUAUCACCUUGUAUAAUCUUGUAUUACAAAGGUUGAUAAUUGUCAUUUCUCAGAUGUCUGUAUGUUACACUGGCAGCAGUAAAAUGUUUUAAUGUUCCCUUUUAAAUAAUUGUGUUGUGUUAACAUGCCUCAUAUUUUCUGGGGAAACUUGAAAUAUAUCUAAACAAAAAAGGUCUGUCAUAAAUAGGAAUUGGCAUUUCAUUGCUAAUAUGUUUUUUCCUCAUAAAAGUAGUUACACCGAAAGUGACAUAUUGUCUAUUACACGGGCCCAAUCAGUAUUAAAGUACUCCCGUUACUCAAAAAUAUUAAAAGAUAAUUCAUGACACUUAGUAGCAUUUUCAUUCGUUGUUUCAAAAGGUCUUUGUAAUGGUCAAAUUGUCCACUUCACAAAAGAGUGAGAAAGUUGUUUUCAGUACUGGGAAUUUUUAAACUUUAGUUUUAAGUCCAAAAGUAUCUCUUAUUAGCUUGAACAUUUUGUGAUUACUUUUCCCUCCUGGAUCUAGUCCUUUUAAGGAGUAAGUCUAAAGAAUGAGGCCAUGAAGUCACUAUUUCCUCCCACCUCGGUUUGUCUCCUGGUACGGAGCUUGUCUACCACUUUGCGUAGCAAUAUCCCUGGGUCUCUUCCCCACUCAGCCUUCUGUGUCUACUGUUGACAGGACGUGCCAUUAUGUCUUUCCGGUACCGAUCACAGUGCUGCCGUAUCACAGACCCUGCCAGCCAGCAUGGAACCGUGCCUCAUCACAGCUCGGCCCAACUCACAGGCUGCCAAAGUGAGGCCGGCCACAGGUCCACCUAGGGCGGCAGAUGCUGGUGCUAUUUGUCAUGACUUUUGCCAAAACAUGUAUACUGUUGCUCACUUCUUUCAGAAGAAUGGUUGACACUAAGGGGCCAUGGGAAAGAACUUUUAAAAAAUUAUGUGGUGGAAUCAAACUCACAGAGGCAGGAAUGUUAGCGCCAUGCUCUAACCACAGAAGCUUAGUGUUCCCCACAGUGCUCUGUAUCUGGCCUGGGUCUCCUCAAGCGGCAGCCCCCACUGUCCAGCAUGUGGAAGGUAGAUUCUUAUGACAACACCAGACCCAUAGUUGCCAGAAAACAAAAAGGAAGCUGAGUGUUGUGAAGUGGAAGAAAUCCUUUUUAUAAGAAGGAAUCAUUUUUAGGCUGGGUGCAGUGGCUCAUGCCUGUAAUCCCAGCACUCUGGGAGGCUGAGACAGGCAGAUCACUUGAGGUCAGGAGUUUGAGACCUGCCUGGCCAACAGGGUGAAACCCUGUCACUACUAAAAAUGCGAAAAAAUUAGCCAGGCAUGGUGGCAUGUGCCUGUAGUCCCAGCUACUCGGGAGGCUGAGGCAGGAGAAUCACUUGAACCCGGAAGGCAGAGGUUGCAGUGAGCUGAGAUCGCAACACUGCACUCCAGCCUAGGUGACAGAGUGAGACUCCAUCUCAAAAAGAAAGAAAGAAAGAAAGAAAACAUUUUUCAAGCAAACUGAGUGUAAAAUGUUUUCGCCAUGAAGCCAUUGCACCUUCUCCCCCAGGAAACAGUGCCUAAGGAUGAUGUCAAGUUACAGCCAGUUUGCGCUGAUCCCCCAGGUCCUAAGAAAACUGUGAGUGCUUCACAUGCAAAGGUAGAGCUACCAGAUAUGGAGAAUAACUUGACCAUUUAUAGCAAACUGCCUGACUUUGGGGUGAGAAACCAAGCACCUUCUAGGUCCUAGGAUAGGUGAAUUGGAGGUGCAGCUGCUAAAGUUCUCAUUUUCUACAUACUUCAGGAACCAGGGUGUUUCAUUUUGGUUCUGUAAAACUUUGCUGUAAGUCAUCACAGUUAACUCUUUGAAUGGAUAUUCUAGAGUGUAUCUUUUUUUUCAAAAUUAGCAAUCUCUGUUCAUUCUCUUUAUACAUUUAGUUUUUUUAAAGUUCCCCUAGUAUACCUAUUAGGCACUCUAAAUAGGACACAAUUAAGGCUAAAAGGAGGACCAGUCGCUCUCUAGAGCCUAUAGUUCAGAACUGUCUUAUUGUUAUGUCCUGGUUUGGUUUGGUUUGGUUUGGUUUGGUUUGGUUUGGUUUGGUUUGGUUUGGUUUGGUUUUUAACUCAACAAGUUGGAAACCAUGAGUUUAAAGCAAACGGUUUCCUUUUCCUUUCUUAAGCUUAAAGAGAAUUUUUUUUUUAAUCUUCAGCUCCUCAUUUAGGUAGUGAAGGCUUCCCUGAAAGACAGCAGUGCCCUUCUCUAGGAGAAGAGGUUGGGACUAAAAGCCUGAGUCUAUGGGUUGAGGAUUUUCAGCAUUCCUUUCACAAGCCUCUAUGUAUUUUUAAUGGAAGACUCAUAAAUGAACCUGAUAUGCUGUUCAUGACUCAUCCCUUAAGCAUGCUUGCUUUUUUUAACUUUACUUUUUGAAUAUAGGACUUGUCUUGUUUUUCCUGGAGCCAUGCUAGGAUUUAAUUCCUAUGUGCUGCCCCACACUGCCCCGCCCAUGUCCUGGAAGAUGGCCGUGCCUGCAGCAAUGCUCCCGUCUUGAGGACAAGCAAUGUGGAAAGCGUCAGGAAAGCUGAACUUUAUGUUCAAGUCAGCAAACAUUUGUGAGCAUUCUAGUAAGCUUGCGACCUUGAUACUUUUUAAACAUUAUCUUUUUAUUUGCUUUGAGUAUCAACCAUAUAGCUGACUCUAGAGCGGUGAAGGGAGUAGGGAUUAGAGCAAAAUUCAGACUUCCUGCCCCUAUGAGUCUCAGUUCUCAUGUCUCUCUGGGAAAUGUAUUGGCCCAAUUCCCUAUUUGCCACUCUGAGUCUCUUGAGUAAAUGUGUAUAAAUGAGAAAAAUUAUCUCAAAGAUUUAACUUAUAAUUUAGAUAUUUUCUUCUUUUUAAACUCAGGAAUAAACCUGGUUUAUAGAUAACAUAAUAUGGCUACUAGAGCUAUAAUUGGGUAGGUGACUAGAAGCAUUCUUUCAAAUAUAUUUCUUGUAAAGACAUCUACUUUGUUUUAACUAGGAAAAGAAACUCCUCAUUAAAAUAAGACAAACAUUUCCAUAAGCACUUUCUAGAAGAGUGUAGCAUCUGUCUACCAUGCAUCCCAGAGUGUUUGUAUCUUGCUCACAGUAUUUCAAAAAUUUUUAUGGGUGAAAAAAAUGUACAUUUUUUAAUUUAUUGGAAAAGUAUAUUGAGUUGUUGAAUUAAAUUCUCAAAUGGGACCAUUUAGUGUAAAGAGAAGCAUUGGUUUUGGAGACAAGAGCACAGGGCUGUGGUCCCUGUUCCAGCAUUGACUUUACUGUGUGACCUCGAGCAAAUGAUUUAACUUCUCUGUGCCUCAGCUUCUCCAUAUACAAAAUGGGGAUAAUGAUACCAACCAUUGCCUACCUCAUAGAGAUGUUAUGGGGACAAAUGAAAUAAUAGAGAUAAGCACGAACGCUUUCAGCUCUUCAGAAGAAAGGUGCUAUAUAAAUUGAAGUUGUGUUUUUAAUGAUCCAAUUAUUAAUUAUGUUUAGGGUUUAAAUAACAAUACUGUUAGUCACGUUAAGAAUAAGUUUUGUUUUGAUGCAUAUUUCCAAUUCUCUUCUGUGACCAGAUCUUAAUCAUUCAACCAGUAAUGGUACCUGAGGAACUGAAAUGGGUAUUUGUUUUCUGUGUGUUUCUGCCGGUAGUAUUUCAAUUCUGAAUAUCCAAAAAAGACUGGAGUUUAACUUGUAAUAUCUUAUAGUUUACAUGUAAUAAAACUUAUUCAAGCUGUAUAUAAAAGUAUGGUUACAUGUAAAUAGCAGGUAUGUUGUAAUUAAAGGCACUUAUCAAAUUGUCUUUGCUCUUUUUUCAAUUGUAAUAAAAGUCAGUUUUAUAUAAA